GCUGGCCCGCCCCUUCCCUCCACCCCCCUCCCGUGCUCUGCCGGUGCCACCCGGAGACGCCCCCCUCGCCUCGCGCAGACGGGAAGGGGGAGCCUCACGCCUCUCCGAGAAGUGAGGCGGGCCUGGCCGCCCCCUCCCUCCCUCCCGCGCAGGGGUUGAGCCGGAGGGGGGGUGCGAGAUGGUCUUAACGGAACCGGCCUCCCCGUGACCGACAAUGCCUGAAGCAUCAGAAGAUCAUAACCACUGGGAAGCCUGUUGACUAUCGUUUCCUGAGAAGCUUGGGAAUAACAUCAGUCUGGCAUGGCGCAGGGCAGCCAGCAACUCGACAUGCAGGUACUCCAUGACCUCCGGCAACGUUUCCCUGAAAUUCCUGAAGUUGUAGUGUCUCAGUGUAUGCUUCAGCACAACAACAACGUUGAUGCUUGUUGUCGAGUUCUUGCACAGGAGAGUAACAAAUACUUGUAUAUGGAAUACCACAGCCCAGAUGACACACGAAUGAACAGGAAUCACCUUCUGCAUAUUAACCUGGGCAUCCAUCCUCAUGCCAGCUAUCAUGGAGGGGAUGGAGCUCAACUUAAUGGUGGUCGUACACUGGUACAUAGUUCAAGCGAUGGACAUAUUGAUCCACAGCGCACCACAGGUAAACAGCUGAUAUGCUUAGUUCAAGAACCACAUUCUGCUCCAGCUGUUGUGGCAGCUUCUCCCAACUACAAUCCAUUUUUUAUGAAUGACCAGAAUAGAAAUGCAGCUACUCCUCCUCCUCAACCACCUCAACCUUCUUCUAUACAGCCUGGAAUGAAUACAUCUGCUAUGCAAGGCCCUCCUCCUCCUCCAUAUAUGCACAUACCUCGGUACAGCACAAAUCCAAUUACUGUUACAGUGUCUCAAAACCUCCCUUCUGGACAGACUGUACCCAGAGCUUUACAAAUCCUACCCCCAAUUCCAAGCAAUCCUUAUGGGAAUCCUGGCUCUCUGUAUAUUAGACAGACAUCUCAAAGUUCUUCAGGACGACAGACUCCCACACAAAAUACACAGUGGCACUCAGCACCACAAGGUCCAGUCCCACAUUAUAGUCCACAUCCAUUACCUGUUUAUCCACAUCAGCAGAACUAUCAACCAUCUCAGUAUUCUCCAAAACAGCCACAGAUUCCUCAGUCACCUUUUCGAUCACCACCUACUUCUCAAUGCCCCUCUCCGUUUGGUUCACCUCAGCAUCAAGUUCAACCUCCCCAGUUAGGACAUCAGAGUUCUCAUGUAUUUAUGCCACCUAGCCCUUCAACAGUGCUACCCCAUCCAUAUCAACAAACACCCCAGACUUAUCAAAAACAAGGUGGACACUCAGUAUCUUAUCUCCCAUAUGGUGGACCUAGCUUAUCCAAAGCCUCCAUGAACAAGAUAGAAAUUACAGUUGAGCCACCACAACGACCUGGGACUUCAAUGAAUAGGAGCCCUUCGCCUAUAAGUAACCAACCAACCCAACGAAAUCAGCACCCACUGUAUGCACCUGCUACUCCUCCUUCAAGUUCUCCUUCCAGAAGCAUGUCGGGUCAGCCCAAACCUCCUUAUAGUGUUAAUCCUGUGUAUAUAACAUACACACAACCAGCUGGACCUCCUGGCGCACUUACACAGUCACCCCGAGUAAUGGUAUCUCAGCCAAAUCCUGCAGUUUUUAAGAUUACAGUAGGUCGAGCGCCAACUGAGAACCUUUUAAAUUUAGUGGACCAAGAAGAGCGUUCUGCAGCACCAGAGCCCAUUCAGCCCAUUUCAGUUGUACCAGGAUCUGGAGGUGAAAGAGGAAACCAUAAGUACCAGAGGAGUUCCAGUUCUGGAUCAGAUGACUAUGCCUAUACUCAAGCCUUGCUGCUGCAUCAACGUGCAAGGAUGGAGAGAUUGGCAAAGGGACUGAAGCUUGAAAAUGAGGAGCUUGAGCAGCUUAAAUCUGAAGUGAAUGGUAUGGAGCAUGACCUUAUGCAAAGGCGUCUUAGAAGAGUGAGCUGUACAACCUCAAUCCCAACACCUGAAGAGAUGACCAGAUUGAGAAGCAUGAACAGACAGCUCCAGAUAAAUGUUGACUGUACACAGAAAGAAAUUGACCUCCUGCAGUCUAGAGGAAACUUUGACCCGAAAACCAUGAGUAACUUUUAUGACAACAUAGAGCCUGGUCCUGUUGUGCCACCAAAGCCAUGUAAAAAAGAUCAUCAAAGCAGUUCCAAGCAAGCUGUGCGAUCACAGCCAAGAGAUGAAGACUUUGAAGGAGCUCCGUGGAACUGUGAUAGCUGUACUUUUUUGAACCACCCAGCACUGAAUCGCUGUGAGCAGUGUGAAAUGCCGCGGUAUGCCUGAAUCCACUAAGGGCUACUUUGGAUUUUUUUUAAAAGGCUCUUGAGCACACAGCCAUAGAAGAAGGAGACAGGGAGCACCUUUCAGUCCAUCUGCCAGGCGUUUGCCAGCCAAUCAUUGUCAAAAAUAUGAGAGAAAUUCUUGUUCCACUCAUGCUGCACUAAAGAUUAAUAUGGAAAGAAAAAAUAUUCUCUUAUCCCACUGUGGUGAGCUAGGCUGAAAGGAUACCCUGAAUCAAAAAAGGAUUUCCUCCAUGAAGAAUGUAUACAGGAAAACAGGCGAUUGCUGCUGUUCUAGCCCCUAUAAUCACACAUACCGGGUAGUAGUCCUUACAUAUAUUUUUAUAAGCAUAGAACUAUUACUUUGUGGUGUGAUGUGUUGCAGGUAUCCAGACAAACUAUGAAGAGCCAGAGCUGAUGAGUCUGGCCACAGCAAGCUGGGAAACAAAAGGCUCCCUGUGCUUCCAGAUUGUAAACUACUGAAAAAGAAGACGGGAAAAAAUUCAAAAAGAAUAAAAGGGUAUUAGUACAUGCUGCUUUUUUCAGGGUAAUUUAAGUCUACACAAUUGCUGUUUUAAAAUUGUGAAUUGUGGUGAGGAGGGAGAAGUACUGUAUGAGCCUUAUUUAUAGAGUACAAUCGAAGGUGAUUUUACAAUCCCUUUUGCUUGUACAGCACUCACCAAGUCAUGUUAACACUGGUAAUUAAGUAAUUAUACCAUAUUACAGCAGAAAACUAGUGCUGCAUGCUUUUAUUAGGCCAUUGUGUUUUAAAGCUAAAAGUAAAGUAUGCUUUUAUAAAUGACGUUCCCUUAACUGUGCUUGACUACAGUGGAGCGGACGUAUGCCAAAUGCCGAAUUAUUCCAAAUUUCUCUUUGGAAGACUUGAGCUCAGCCAUCAUUAUGUAUAAGAAGUGUUUGCACACUGUUCCUUAGGCCUUUCCGCUUCCAAUUAUGUGAAGAAUUCAUGAUGUUUACAGCACAGAAGGUACUUUGUGCCCCCAUUUCUGAUUUAGCUGAAAAUUAGUAAUCAAUAUUAGCUCUUCAUUAAGGGUUUAUUUGCACCUUGUUAAUAAACCAGCCUGUAUUAACUAGUAAAAGUGACAUAUCUUGAAAUGUUGCAUACUGCAUUUCUUCUUUGAAUCUGGUCAGGUAAUUCACAUAGUCCCACCCAAAACAAAACCCUUGGAAUUGUACUGGUAUUUUUAUACAUCUGACAUUAUAAAGGGGGUGUUUAGUCUGAGUGCUUUAGGUUGUUGAAUAACACACUCAUUUGUGAAGGUUUCUUGUUUGUGAUGCCGAGUAAUCCUAAACAAUGUGUGAAAAUGUUCAAGAAUUUUUUUUCUCACUCGCAAAACACUGCAACACUAUUUAAUUUCCUACACAUCAGAUUGUGUUACUCCAGCCCUCACAGAUUCUGCAAGCGAGUGUUUUGAGUCAUGGUCAUGUAGCUGUAUAUACAGAUGAUAAUGGUAAGAUGAUAAAGUUCAUAGUUCAGAACUGAGUUUAUCUGAUAUAAUGAUGACAUGUUACUUCAUGUAGGUAAAUCUUACAGAAAACAAUUUAAUAUCAGAACAAUUAAAAGGGAUCAGUGUUGAGAUUUUAAGUGAAAUUCUAGACCUGUAGCAAAUAUGGCCUAUGAAUGUUUGAAGGAAAUUUAAAAAAAUUCUCCUGCCCUUCAUACAUGUCAAGAGUUAAAUUAUCUAAUUCUUCCUUUUUAUAAAACAGAAAAUAAUGAUCUGAAAUACAUCAGGUGAAAUUUUUUCAGUUACCCGUUAAGUAACAUUAUUAUGUGCAGAGCUGUUCAGUAGCAGUUGUCAUGAUUUCAUCUUUAUGCAUUUGUGUUUUAUGAAUACAUGUUCCUGUAUGGCACUUACUCAUACUGCCAUUGGCAAGGAAAUUAUAGUGAUUAACAUUAGAAGUAGCAUGUUUGAAAGGUAUGUACUACAUUGUCGCACCAGUAUUAUUGCUGAUGGUUUUGUUUAGGAAAGAGGAAGGUUACAACGCAACCUAUCAGUUUAGGGUGGAUUUCAUCUUAAGUAAAUACUUUCCAGAGUCAAGCAUUGUAAUUAUAAGCCUUGCAGGGCCUUUGAUAUAUGGCUCUGGGCUCAGUAGCACCCCUGUUCUGUUGUUUGAGUCAGGGAAUGCUCAAGGCAUGUGAAUUUUGCCCACUAUUGUGUAUACAGAUUCUUUGUUUCAUGUGAUAAAACAGGGAAACGAUAUACAUAUAACUGCACCAUACAUUGAAUAUGCAGAUUUGUUGUUUUGGAGACUCCUCCUUUUGCUGUUGGCUUUCACUUACGGGUAGAAGGCAAAAUUACAUCUUGUAGGAAAUACGACAAAUGAUAAUAAUGGUGACAAUUCAUACAGAAAAACUUGAAGCAAAUCUAUUUGUUGACACUGCAAAAAAUGUCUUGUACAUAAUAAAUGUAAAUAUCCAUUUUCACUGUUCUGGCCAAUUAGCAAUGAAAUUGAUAUACACAGGACUUGGAUUUUAAUUUGGAAGAGUUACAAGUAUUAAAUAUAAACUUUUACUUGGCAGACACUGGGAAUAAAUGAUUCAACCAAAGUGGUUUUAAAACAAGCCCCAAAUAAUAUUCAUUAAUAGAACUUUUUGAUUAAAACAUUCAUUCCACUAGUAUUGCUUACCUACAAAAUGCACUGAUGUAUACAACUCGGAAAUGUGCACAUCUGAGUGAUGGGAUUUUGAGGCCACCAUGAAUUUUAAAAAUGCACUACUUUUUAAUAAUCACUGAACUUUCCCUUGCCCAUAGUGCUUAGGUAAGUACAGUGGGGUAAUCUAUUUGGACAUUAGAUAUUCAGGAUUAUGCCCAAGUUAUUGAAAAUAUUUCUGUUUAUAAAUGCCUAUUUUAUAUUUAACUGCUGUUAAGAUGCUUCCCUUUCAAAUAUAAAAUACAAAAGCUCCUCCAAGUUUUAGUUAAUAGAAUAGGCUGUGGGAAAAUUCAGAAAACAGCAAACCAAAAUUAAAUUCUGAACUUGGAUAUAUGAUGAACUGUCUAGCUAGUUUGUUUGUGUAGAAAGGGAGGGGCUAAGCAAGCUAAGAGAAAAUGUUUUGUGAAAUAGAUAAAACUGAGAGGUGUGUUCGUGAGUCUGUGGUAUGUGUGUACUUUCCCUUAUUUGGCAGAUGUACAAAGCCGGUAUAAUUUUUAAAGAGCUGGUCUCAAUCAUGCUACUAAACCACAUUUUCUUUCUUUAACAGUUGCUUUCUUUCAUUUAUUAUAUGUCCCAGUUCUGCAUGCACUCUUUAUUCCCCCCCCCCCCAUUAUGAUUGAUUGUAAGCUUCUUUAUUUGGAUGCUCAUAUUUUGAAUUUGAGACAAAACUGCAAAAUAAAAAUAUGUUUUAAACAGAAGAUGAACAGAUUAAAUGUGCCGAUUAAUGGUAUUGUGACACUGGAUUGACAAGCAUUUAAUAAAAGGAAAAAAGCCGUUGUGUUGCCUAGAAUGUGAAAUUGGUUCAUAGUACAGUAUAUGAGGUAGCCAGCUGGGCGUGCCUUUCCUCUAAAAUAGUGUUUCUCCAGAUACUGUACAUGCUGAAAUGCAAUAGUGAAAGAAGAAAACAUGCACAGAAAUAAAUGUGUAUUGUAGCCAA